CGCCGGCGUCUGAAUUCAAUGUUGUCUCAUGUCUCCCUCACUUCCCCUUAUUUAUAUCUAUAUCUAUAUAUAUAUAUAUAUAUCGAGAACACGUAGACAUAUCCGGUGCUUCGAUCAAUGGAGAAGGAUCCGAGCAAGCUGGAGGAAGGAUUCGGGGCGGGCGCAAACGCCGAUCCCAUUUCCGGCGAAAAAGAGUCAGGACAAGGCGAGCACGACCAAAAGAAUGCGGCUGGUCCAGCUUCGGACAUCCCCGGCGGCGCGCAGCAGAAGACGACGUCGAACAAAAGAGUCGCAACCUUAGACGCUUUUCGAGGACUUGCCAUCGUGCUGAUGGUGCUCGUCGACGACGCUGGGUCCGCGUAUUCGCGGAUCGAUCACUCGCCGUGGAAUGGAUGCACCUUGGCCGACUUUGUCAUGCCGUUUUUCCUAUUCAUCGUCGGCGUCGCCAUCGCCCUCGCUCUUAAGAGGAUUCCCGAUGCUCGGAAAGCGAUUAGGAAGAUAGCUUUGAGGACAUUGAAGCUUCUCUUUUGGGGUGUUCUUCUUCAAGGGGGGUAUUCGCACGCGCCGGACGAUUUAUCUUACGGUGUCGACAUGAAGCUCAUCCGAUGGUUCGGUAUUCUCCAGAGAAUCGCGUUGGUGUACUUCGUGGUGGCUUUGAUCGAGGUCUUAACGACGAAGCUCAAGCCGGCGACUCUAAACCCGAAUCACUUCUCGAUCUUCACUGCAUAUAAAUGCCAAUGGAUCGGAGGCUUCGUAGCAUUCACGAUCUACAUGGUCACGACGUUCUCUCUGUAUGUUCCCGACUGGAGCUUCACGGACAAAACGGGAAGAUACACGGUGAAAUGUGGAAUGAGAGGACAUCUCGGACCGGCCUGCAACGCGGUAGGCUAUGUCGAUCGACAAGUCUGGGGCAUUAAUCAUCUCUACAACCAACCCGUUUGGUCGCGAUUACGAGCUUGUACUUUCAGUUCUCCAUCUGCCGGUCCUCUUCGAAAGGAUGCGCCGGCUUGGUGUCGCGCACCGUUCGAACCCGAAGGCCUGCUCAGCUCGAUCUCAGCCAUUGUCUCCGGCACCAUCGGAGUUCACUACGGCCAUGUCUUGAUCCAUUUCCGAGGCCACGCGGAGAGGCUGAAACAAUGGGUGCCGAUGGCACUGGUGUUGCUGACCGUAGCCUUCGUUCUUCACUUUACGGAUGCAAUUCCGAUCAACAAGCAGCUCUACAGUUUCAGCUAUGUCUGCUUCACCGCUGGGGCUGCUGGCAUUGUCUUCUCCGCCUUUUACAUACUGAUUGACGUCUGGGGAAUGCGCGUGCCAUUCUUGUUCUUGGAGUGGAUAGGGAUGAACGCGAUGCUUGUGUUCGUGAUGGCAGCGCAGGGGAUCUUCGCAGCCUUCGUCAACGGAUGGUAUUUCAAGAAUCCCGACAACAAUCUGGUGAACUGGAUUCAGCAGCACGUUUUCAUCGAUGUCUGGAAAUCUGAGCGAGUCGGGACUCUACUCUACGUAAUAUUUGCUGAGAUUACCUUCUGGGCAGUGGUUUCCGGCAUCCUGCACAAACUUGGGAUAUACUGGAAAUUGUAA